AUGCUCGCCUCUGUCACCGUCCUGCUCGCCCUCGCGACCUCCGCGUUCUCCUAUAUGGUCACCUCGCCGUCCAACAGCAGCGGCUGGACCACCAGCGGUCCCAACGUCGUCACCUGGACCAAGGUCGAUACCGACCGCGCCAACUUCACCAUCGUGUUGAACAACCAGCAAGUGACCCCUCAGUACACACAAAUUCUCGACGCCUUUGUCGUCGGAACCGAUGGGUCUGUCACUGUGAACCCCCCGAGCGGCGGUUGGGUUGCCGGCUCGAACUACCGCGUGAACCUCGUCCAGGAUUCUAACGAUCUCAGCGCUCUCCUCGCCCAGUCGGGCUUCUUUACGAUCGCGCAGGCCUCUUCGGCUUCGAGUACCUUUUCCAGCAGCUCGACUGGCAGCAGCUCAGCUGCCAGCUCCUCUGGGUCAGUUUCCGCUACCUCGACGGGAUCCUCUGUUACGUGA